AUGAAAGUAACGCAUUAUUAUGGACCAACCGGAUUAUCCGAACGCAAGCCCGUGCAGGCUAAAACAGUAGAAAAAAUGAAGACUCCAAGAGACUUAUUCGAAAAGUACACAAUAGAAGAUAUUAAAGACUGGAAAACACUGGAUCUGUACUAUUUAAUGGGGUUUACUCAGGAGGAGGCAAAGGAAUACACCGAAGCAAAUUUCAAAGAUGCGUUUAAAAGACAGGCCAAACUAUUCCACCCAGACAGGCUCUUAUCCUGUAAAAUAGAUGAUGGCGGUGCAUCAUUUAUUGCACUGACCAAAGCACAUGAAGUUCUUAGUAACCCACAUAAAAAAAAGCUGUACGACUUCAUUGCAUUUGAUGAAACCAUCCCAGAGGACAGGGAUUACACAGACGAAGAAUUCUUUGCAGUGUUCGAUGAGGCGUUUACUAGAAACUCAGUGUUUAGUGUAAAGCCAUACACUGUGUCACUUGGAGAUCUUUCAUCAAAGGAUUCUGCCAUCGUGGCCUUUUACAAAUUCUGGCAGAACUUCGAGUCUAUCCGUGCAUUUGAAUUUUUGUGCAAGGACGAGGACUACCAAAGCAGAGAGAUGAGAAGACAGGCUGCAGUUGAAAACAAGCAGCUGCUUAACGAGAAAAAGGCAGAGGACAACCAAAGAAUAAGAAAGCUUGUCACUCUCGCAAUAAAGCGCGACCCAAGAGUGAACAAAGAAAACAAGGCAAAGCCCAAGCAAGAAAUAACAGUCGACUCUGAUGGAUGGAAGAAUACAGAGGUAGAGGCUUUGACAAAAAUUGCAACAAAGACUCCUCCCAGAACUAGAAACAGAAUUGAUGUUAUAUUCUCUGCUCUGUCCAGAUUUGCACCCACUCGAAGCAAAAAGGACGUGCAGGCAAAACUGCUGAAAGUUGAUGCAUCAAUCCAGAAACUAUCCAAGAAGAAAUAAC